UUGAUCGCUGGAGCUAACGGUUGUAUAGCGAACCCAACCGCAAAUAUGGACUCAGAACCAUCGUCACCGGAUGUUCGCAUCCAGAUUAGCGAGAGAGAUGGCUGAUAGAAUAGGUUGCUUGCCCUUCCAGACUUCUUGGGAUAAGAUGAGCCGUCCGCCCCGGAUCAGGAGCCAUGGAACCCUUCUUCAAACGAAAUCGUUACACUCAGGUUUAACGUUUAACUUGACACUCGAUAUCAUAUAUCAUCAAGAUGCACUCGCUUGCAAUCCUGCUUAUCGUGGGAGCCGGGCUCAUCGCGCCCGCUGCCGCUACCGGAGACCACCAUACCACCAAACCUCCCUCGCACACGAGCGGCUGUCCUACCCUCACCGUUACCACGGACCUGUGCCGCACCUGUGGCUACCUCUACCCAUCGUGCUCCGUGGUGAGCACGGUGACACGAAGCUGCGACUGCCCAAAUCCGCCGGCGACGUCCUACACAGCUUUCCCUUGCCAUGAGCCGUGCCGGAGCAUUGGGUGUCCAACCAGCUAUUCGAUCGUGGAGCCGACCGGGUGCGAGUCGUCCACUUCCACCCCGCCCUCCAGCACCAGCACCAGCACUAGCAGCAGUAGCAGCACCAGCUGCAGCGCGACCUCCACCUCCUCCUCUUCGUCCGAGACCGAGGAUUGCUCCUCCACGACGGUGACCAGCUCCCACAACCACACCAAAUCCCACACCCAUACCAAGUCCCAUAGUCACAGCAGCUCCAGCAGCGAGCCCCCGUGCAACACCACAUCCACAUCCAUAUCCACAAGCACCUGCACCUGCACCAGCGAGCCGCCGGGCGAGACUAGCACGACCAGCUCUGAGCCGUCAACCAGUCACUCCCAUCCGCACUCCCCUCCCCACUCAUCCUCUCAGCCACCCACGUCGACCUCCUCGCCCCCGCCUCCCCCGCCUUCAACCUCGGCUCCGCCCACGAGCGGCGGUGGCGGGGAGGGUGUGCCGUCUUCCUCUUCCCUGCCGCCGCCGCCGCCGCCGCCGACCAGCAGCGUCGCUACGGCCGGCGCCAACGGCAGGGCGAGACCGUUCCGGCUCUGGUAAGCAUCAUCGGCUGAUCGGUCUCUGGCCCUGCUCUCCGUGGGGACAACCCGUAGACAGACCCUAGGGGGUGAGGUGACGGGGAGCGAUGACGGCGUGUUGGAAUCGGGACCGGAAUCGGGCGGUGGGUCCCUUGCUUGCUUGACCGGAGAGUCGUCAACCGGUUUUUCUCGUUUUCAUUUUCUCGUUUUCUUCCUUCUCUUUUUUUUUCGCUCUAAAAACGCUUUCGCCGAUUCUCUUUGUUCUCGCGUUGGGCUAGGCGACUGGGGCAAUGAACCUUCCAGGUUGAACUACAUACGGAUUCCUCCGUACACUACCC